CAUUUCUCACUCUUUUUCUUCGGUGCUUAAGAUACACAGAGAGAGAGAGAGCAGCAGCAGAAGUUUGUGGAAAGAGCUUCUUAUGGCAGCGGCGGCGAGGAGCGCUUUGCUAAAUCACCUGAGGGUGCACGUUCAGGCCGUGCCUCGAAACCCUAGUUACACGCUCUCCUUCAACGCGAUACGGCGCCGUUUCCUCUCCGAGGAGGUCCGGGGCUCCUUCCUUGACAAAUCCGAGGUCACCGAUCGGGUCAUCUCCGUCGUCAAGAACUUCCAGAAGGUUGAUCCUUCCAAGGUCUCAGCAAAUGCCCACUUUCAAAAUGAUCUUGGGUUAGAUAGUUUAGAUGCUGUGGAGAUCGUGAUGGCACUUGAAGAAGAGUUUGGGUUUGAGAUCCCUGAUAAUGAAGCAGACAAGAUCAACUCCAUCAGCCUUGCUGUUGACUUCAUUGCUUCUCACCCUCAGGCAAAGUAGAGGGAAACUGUUGAGGCCUUCUCAAAUUUUCCUAAUGUUUAUUGUGAGGCUUUAGCUAUGAGUAGAAAUCUUGAACGCUUGAACCUUUUAUUUCCUUAUUCUCUUUCUCGAAAUGCUAUUUGGUUUUCCUGCCCUUUUGAAUCCUCUCUUUAAAGAGUUUUGGGCAUGUAAUGCUGUUUCUCCAGGUAUGGAAUGGAAGCUGAGUGUAGUGACUCGAACUACUCGUCAAAAAUUUAUUUGCUGAUGUUUCAUUUCAAUAAAAAUAAUUUGGUUAAUGUUUAA